GGGAAGCGGCUCCGGAGCCUCAGACCGAGCGACGGGAGCGAGCGAGCGGCUGCAGGAGCGCGGAGCACCCGGCUGUUUGUGACUCUCUCCGUGUUGUCGGAUACUACCACUCAACACCUCCACCUCGAGUCUCGCCCGGGAGAUGAAACCCGCGUUUUAAACCGUGUCACUCCGGCCCGAGAAAACAUGACGGUGGACUUUGAAGACUGCGUGAAAGAUUCACCCCGGUUCAGGGCAAAUAUCGAUGAGGUGGAGACUGAGGUCGUGGAGAUCGAGGCAAAGCUCGACAAGCUGGUGAAGCUAUGCAGUGGGAUGAUUGAAGCGGGGAAGGCGUACGUGAGCGCCAACAAACUCUUUGUCAACGGCAUCCGGGAUCUGUCGCAGCAGUGCAAGAAGGAUGAGAUGAUCUCGGAGUUCCUGGAAAAGUGCGGGGAAAGCCUCCAGGAGAUCAUCAACUACCACAUGAUUCUGUUCGAUCAAGCUCAGAGGUCUGUUAAGCAGCAGUUGCACAACUUCGUGAAAGAGGAUGUUCGCAAGUUCAAGGAGACCAAGAAGCACUUCGACAGGGUGCGAGAGGAUAUGGAAAUAGCGCAGGUGAAGAACGCUCAGGCGCCGAGGAACAAGCCUCACGAGGUGGAGGAAGCCACCGGCACGCUCAGCAUCACCCGCAAGUGCUUCCGACACCUCGCUCUGGACUACGUGCUACAGAUCAAUGUCCUUCAGGCGAAGAAGAAAUUUGAGAUCCUUGAUGCAAUGUUGUCGUUCAUGCAGGCCCAGUACUCGCUGUUCCAUCAGGGCUACAACCUGCUCGAUGAGAUCGACCCGCACAUGAAGAAACUGGCUGCUGAGCUCGAUCAGCUUGUGAUUGAUUCCGCCAUGGAGAAGAGGGAGAUGGAGCAUAAACAUGCCACCAUUCAGCAGAGGACCCUCAUGCAGGACUUCUCGUAUGACGACUCUAAGGUGGAGUUCAACGUGGAUGCCCCUAAUGGUGUGGUGAUGGAGGGGUACCUGUUCAAGAGGGCCAGCAAUGCCUUCAAGACCUGGAACAGACGGUGGUUCUCCAUACAGAACAGUCAGCUGGUCUACCAGAAGAAGCUCAAGGACUCUCUGACUGUGGUGGUGGAAGACCUCCGACUGUGCUCCGUCAAACCGUGCGAGGACAUUGAGAGGAGGUUCUGCUUUGAGGUCGUAUCGCCCACCAAGAGCUGUAUGCUUCAGGCUGAAUCUGAGAAGCUCAGACUAUCGUGGAUUCAGGCAGUUCAGGCGAGCAUCGCUUCAGCCUAUAGGGAGAGUCCAGACACCUACUACAUAGAGCACCUGGACAGAACCGCCUCCCCGUCCACCAGCAGUAUUGACUCAGCCAGCGAGCCACGGGACCGCAGCGCCCGGGGCGAGACCAUCCUGCAGCGGAUCCAGUGUCUGCCGGGGAACGAGCAGUGCUGCGACUGCGGCCAGGCCGACCCUCGCUGGGCCUCCAUCAACCUUGGCAUCCUGCUGUGCAUCGAGUGCUCCGGCAUCCACAGGAGUCUUGGCGUUCACUGUUCGAAGGUUCGCUCGCUCACACUGGACUCGUGGGAGCCAGAACUAUUAAAGUUGAUGUGUGAGCUUGGAAACAGUGUCAUCAACCACAUCUAUGAAGGUUCAUACCAAGAACAAGGUCUGAAGAAACCGUUGCCCUCCAGUUCGAGGCAGGAAAAAGAGGCGUGGAUCAAGGCGAAGUAUGUGGAGAAAAAGUUCCUGAAGAAGCUGGGCUGCACGGAGAUACUCAUCAACGGAGAGAGGAAGCCGGAGCGGCGGUGGAGCGUGAAGAAGUGUCGGCGGCACAACAGCGCCACCACCGUCCCCAAAACACGGCGGCGAUACCGACAGGAGGCCGGAAGCAUCUCCCCUUCUACGCUCUCCGCGGCUGCAGCUAAGUUCAGACGAGACUCUCUGUUUUGUCCCGAUGAGCUGGACAACCUGUUCUCCUACUUUGACACAGGAUCUGGGCCUCGAAGUCCGGCAGGCCUGAGCAGUGACAGCGGGUUGGGAGGCAGCACAGACGGCAGCACAGACAUCCUGGUGUUUGGCUCGGUGGUGGACAGCGUCACAGAGGAGGAGUGUGAGGUGUCCGAGGACUCGAGCGGCGAAGCCGAGCUGGAGGCUGAGCCCGAGACGUCCGACCCGGAGGACAUACGGGACCUCCACCCCGGAGCGCUGCUGUACAAGGCCUCGAAGGCCCGGAACCUGCCGGUCAUGGCCGAGGCACUAGCGCACGGCGCCGACGUCAACUCGGCCAACGACGAGGACGAAGGGAAAACGCCGCUCAUACAGGCGGUGGUCGGGGGUUCAUUGAUCGCCUGCGAGUUCCUGCUGCAGAACGCCGCCGACGUCAACCAAAGAGACGCGAGAGGGAGGUGCCCCCUGCAUCACGCCACAUAUCUGGGACACACGGGGCAGGUGUGUCUAUUCCUCAAGAGAGGAGCCACACAGAACGACGGGGACGAGGACGGCCAGGAUCCUUUGAGUAUAGCUGUUCAGCAAGCCAACGCAGAUAUAGUCACACUGCUGCGUUUGGCCCGGAUGAACGAGGAGAUGCGGGAGUCAGAGGGACCGUUCGGACAGCCAGGUGACGCCACGUACCUCGACAUCUUCAGAGAAUUUUCCCACAUGGCAUCGCACAACCCAGAGAAGCUGAAACGGAGGAGCGUGCACUUCCGACACUCCUUCAGGUAGUCAGCCCGGUGCCUGGACGAGAGGGCAACGACAUCGCAUACUUGAAAAGUGCAAGAGCCACUUUCCAGAUAUUAGUCACAACUGAGGGGGUUUUAGCGUGUUCGACAUCGCAUGUGAUCCUGAGGAGAAACCAGAUGACGUACAGUAAAUAAAUCCAGUUAAUGUAUUUUCAAAAGGAUCAAAUUCCACUUUCAUAAUUCACCGCCCAGUCAGUUUAUUUUUUUCAUCAGUCGCAAUCUUUAAAGUGAUGCUAGUGUUCGUUAUCAGUCAGUGUUUAGAAUAACUGCAUUAUAUCUGUGCUGUUCUCAGAUCAGACUUUUAUUUUGAUAGGAUUUUGCAUUUGAGGAUUUGCUGGCAAUGUCCUCUUUUAAACAUAUAUAAAUAUAGCAUUGCUUUUGUUGUUUUUUACAAUGUUAGAUUUAAACUUUGGAUAAAAUACCAAGCACUUGUUUUAUUUCUUUCUCUUUGUCUUUGUUUUUUAUAUGAACCAUCAUUCGCUUGCUCGUUCGCAUUCUGUCAGUGUCAUUGAAGGAAUUACAACAACACUUCACAUACAUAUAUUUUUAUGUGUAAUGCAUGCAAUGUACUCCCAUUAUAUUUCAUUACCUAAACUUGAAUUCUGCUUUGGUGUAUCGAUAAACAGUGUCAUAUCUUGGAGUCGCAGAUUUGUUCUCUCUCUCUUGAUGAGCAAUUCAUUUGGUAUAUGUGAAUGUCUCACUGUCUUUUUUUUGCAUCGACUAUGCUGGUGUAGUCUUUUGUAAUAUUUUUGAUUGAAUGUACUUUGCAGUACCACUAUGACAUGCAGGGCUUGUGUUACUGUGUUCAUGCUGUAGCAGCAAAAAGGCUAAUAUAUCUGAACGAACAGGAACUGAGCUGAAGCUGGAUUGAAAUAAACAUAUUGUCUGUGUUUACA